CGAAAAAAAAAAGGUGUCUGCAUUUCUUUCUUGUAUGCAUCCUCUUGUUGCUACCUACACUUCAUUGUCAUCCUCAUGCAUCCAUCCUCUCCCAAAACACUUAGUUUUUAAUUUCUUCUACCUAUCAUACUCAAUUCGCGCCACUUGCAACUAAUCUCGAGAUUAAUCUCUCUCCCAUGGCUUCCCUCGACCAUAUAUAGCCCCCUCUCCUAAAGUCCAAAACACCCAACUCAUCUCAACAAGAUUGACAAAGAUCUCUAGCUAGCUUUGCUUUGCAUCACACCAUCAAUUCUCAAAAAAAAAAUUCGAUCUUGCUCAAUCUUUUUCUCUCCUCUCGUCUCUUUGCACUAGCUAGCUAGCUGUGUUUGGGGUGAUGGGGGAGUGCAGCUACAACAGCAUGAGCCCAUCGACGCCGCCGCUGCCGCUGCCGGCGCCGGCGGCGGCGAGGAAGGGCUCGUCGGACGCGGCGGCGGUGCAGAAGGAGAGGCCCAAGAUAAGGAUCAUUCACAUCAUUGCGCCGGAGAUCAUCAAGACCGACGUGGCCAAUUUCCGGGAGCUGGUGCAGCGCCUCACCGGGAGGCGGCAGCAGCAGCAGCUGGGAGCUGCCGACGGCGCCGCCACGGCGGAGGCACAGGCGCCGCCGCCGCCGCCGCCCGCCGCCGAGGAAGAGGAGGAGGAGCCGAAGAAGGAGACGGCCACGGCGGCCAAGAAGAGGCCGGCGGCGGCGGCGCAGCCGGAGGAGAGCGAGGAGAACCUAACGAACAGCAAGAAGAAGAAGAAGAUCAAGUGCGAGGUGAAGGUGGAGGAAGGAGGUGGCCUCGGCUACGAUCAUCUUGAUUACACCGACCUGUGGAUGGACCUGAAUCCGGGAGGGUUCUUGAGCUUCUUGGAGGAAGAAGAGGAUGUGUUCCAGGGCAUGGCUGCCGACCUGUUCCAGUGUCCAUCGAGGAUGGAUUUUGUUGGCGAAAUGUACGCAUCUUGAAUACUUGCUGGGGUUAGAGCCUUGCCUUUUGGUUUGAGGUUUGAUUCGGUCCAACAAAAAGUAACAAAAGGUAUCUCAAGAUAUCGGUAUUUCGUAGUAUCAAAUUAUUUCUGAUC